AUGUUCAAGAUAUCGACAUUCUUCGCGGUUGCAGCACUGGCCAUUGGGGCCGUGUCCGCUGAGGACCUCUACGACUACAUCGUGGUUGGUAGCGGUCCUGGUGGAGGACCUUUGGCCGCAAACUUGGCCAGGGCGGGCUAUAAGACGCUCCUUCUUGAGGCUGGUGAUGACCGCGGCGACGAUCCCAUCUGGAACACCCUGUCGAACAACUAUGCUGCCCUCAACAGCCCCCUCGCGCGCUGGGACUUCUUUGUCCAGCACUCCGAGGACCCUGAGCACCAGGAACGCUACGAGAGGCAGACGUACCGACAGGCCAACGGAUCCUUCUAUACCGGUCAAGAUCCUCCUGAAGGCGCCGAGAGGCUCGGCAUAUGGUAUCCUCGCGCCACCACCCUGGGAGGCUGCUCGAUGAACAACGCCGGCAUCUCGACCCUCCCGCCGGAUGCGGACUGGGAAAUUGUCGUCGAGCGAACCGGCGAUAAAUCGUGGAGUCCCAAGAACAUUCGCAAGCACUUCAUUAAUAUUGAGAGAAACGAGUGGCUGCCCCGCGGCACCCCGGGACACGGAUUUGACGGCUGGCUGCGCAUCAACACGCGUAAUAGCUCGUGGAGCCAGCAGCCCAGCAACUUCCUCAGCAUCCUCAACGGCCUGGCCAAUGCUACCGACCAGGACGCGGCCGCGGUACCACAGCUCAUUACCAGGGAUGUCAACGCCGAUGUCCCGGACCGCGAUCAACAGGAGGGCUUCUACAGUAUGAGCCUGCACAUGGACAGGGAUGGGCGCCGCUCCAACUCCAACACGUAUAUCCGCGAUACCCUCAACGACCGGGCCGGGUAUCCGCUCACGGUGCAGACGCAGAGCUUUGUGACGCGUGUGCUCUUUGACACCCGCGGCCGCAUGCCCGUUGCUAACGCUGUGGAGGUGCUUAGGGGCUCGGCGGUGUACCACGCCGACCCCCGCUCCACCGAUGAGAACAAGGGCAGGCGCGAGAUCAUCCGGGCCAAGCGCGAGAUCAUUAUCUCGGGCGGCACCUUCAAUAGCCCCAUGAUCCUCAAGCACUCUGGCAUCGGCCCGGCCAAGGAGCUCAUGAAAUUCGGAAUUAAGGUGGUUAAGGAUCUCCCCGGCGUGGGAGAGAAUAUGGCCGAGAACUACGAGGCUGGCCUCCUGGGCCUCGCCAAAGAUGACAUCGAGCUUGGCUUCGGCCAGACGGGCCUGCUCCUCAAGACGCCGACCGAAACGGAAGACCGCAACAUCCACGCGUGGUGCGGCGGCUUCGCCCUCGAGGGCUUCUGGCCCGGCAUGCCCAACCGCUACGGUCCCCGGCAGUUCAUGUGCGCCAUGGCGCACAUGCAGCCCAAGUCGCGCGCCGGAAGCGUCCGCCUCCGCUCGUCUGACCCCCGCGACACACCCGAGAUCAACUUCCGCUUCUGGGAGGUUGACGGCAACGACGACCUGCGCGAGCUCGUCGACGCCAUCAACAUCAUGCGCCGCGGGUUCUAUGCCGCCGGCGCCCCCGUCACGCCCUGGAGGGAGCUACACCCGUGUCACGACUCGUCCAACGGCUGCAGCGACGAGGAGCAGCUGGACUAUUUCCGCUACCAGUCCUUUGGGCACCACGCCUCGUCGUCUUGUGCCAUCGGCGCCGCUGACGACCCCAUGGCCGUCGUCGACAGCAAGUUCCGCGUCCAUGGGGUCAGAAACCUGCGUGUCGUCGACGCUUCUGUCUUUCCUCACGUCCCCGGAGCGUUCCCUGUUCUGCCCACUUUCAUCAUCUCGGACAAGGCGUCCAAGGAUAUCAUCAAGGCCGUCCGCUCCCGCCACAACUAG